AUGAGCUCCAAAAUGUCUCAAUUUGAGUUGACUGACAGUUCAGCGGAGGAUUUAACCCAUAAAAAGCGUCCCAGCAGUGCCAGCUCGGACUCUAGCGAAAGCAGUGAGUUGUUCAAUGAAGGGCUAGAAUCGGAUAGCAAAGUCAGUAGUGGCAGCGGAAGUGGGAUUGGUAGCGUUGAAAUCAUCAAUCCAGCCGGGAAACGAGACAAGAGCCGCAAUUACGGAACGGCAGCGGGUCCUGUAAAGUUCGAAACAGCCAAGGUUCCAAACACUGCCUUGGAGUUUACACCUUCAGGGAUUCAUGCCGCAAGAACCAGAACCGAGGGAGAAAAUAGGGCUUUUUUGGAGACACUAUCGCCAAUUCAGGCUGCCUUGAGCUCUGCGUUCGGCCGGAUCGACCGCAAGCAGUUUGAACAGUAUCUGAAAGAACCGGAGUACCUACGCAUUUACAAAAAACAGUCCAAGAUAAAACAGUUUCGACGGCUGUUUUUAGCUCAGGAGCUGAGCACCGAGCCCGGGGCACUUGAACGCAGUGCAGGGUCCAGCAACACGCUCAGCAGCCUUACAGAUGGCAGCAGCAGUGGAAGUGGCCACAAUCCACGAGCCAUCUGGGCUACCAAGUUCAGUCGAGACGGCAAGUACAUGGCAACGGGCGGAAAGGACUGUACGCUGAGAGUGUGGAAAGUUAUAUCCUCGCCCCUGGAGCGCAACGAUUUACAGAUUUCAACGGGGAAACCUGACGCCAAGCAAGUGGCCAUGCGUAAACUCCAGAGUGGCAGCACUCCAGGUCGACAUGCUCCUGAUUCAGAAGAGCCGUUACCGCAACCUAUCAAUUUGUACGCGCCCGUUUUUCAUCCUUUGCCGUAUCGGACAUUCCAGCAACACACUCAGGACAUUUUAGACCUCGAUUGGUCGAAAAAUGGAUUUAUACUUACCACCUCAAUGGACAAAACAGCACGGUUGUGGCAUUGUGACCGGCUCAAGGCAAUCAAAACAUUCACGCAUCCAGACUUCGUUACGUGCGGUAAAUUUCAUCCCAAUGAUGACCGAUUCUUUAUCAGCGGUUGUCUCGACCAUACCUGCAGGCUAUGGUCCAUACUUGACCAUAAGGUGUCAUUUGAGUACUACUGCGGAGAUAUCAUAACUGCAAUGGAUGUCUCCAUGGGGGAUGGCAAAUACACAGCUAUUGGUACGUUUAAUGGCCACAUUUCCAUACUUUACACAAGAGGUCUGGAAUUGAUGUCUACGUUUCACGUUUUGGAGACAACCAGAGAGCAAAGUAAGAAGGUUCCCCAAAAUGGCCCUAAAAUUACUGGUAUUGAGUUUUUCAAGAAUGAAGCAGAUAAUGACUUGAGGAUACUGGUCACAUCAAAUGACUCCAGAGUCCGAGUGCUCAGCAUCAAACAAAGACGUUUACUAGAGGUACUCAAAGGCUUCGUAAACACGCAUACGCAAAUCAGCGCCCACUUAAUGAAGUCUCAAGAGAAGCAAAAUCUCGUUAUUGCUUCAAGUGAGAACAAAUGGGUAUACUGUUGGCGGUUAGAAUCCAGCCUUGAAAAACCUGAUCCAGAGAGUGUCCCAGAAACUUCUGAACAUCUGCACCCAAAUUCGCUGCGAGGUCUAUUACGAAGAAGCUUAAGCAUCGGAAGUAAUCAUUCCGCCGAGAGCAGAAAAAAGAAGGACUGCCAUCCAAAAGGUACGAUACCUUGUCCCUCCCGUUGCAAAAUCGACCAGAGCAUCAAAAACUCUCAUUACGUGGCUUUUCACGCCCAUCACCAUACCGUAACUACAACUGCCGUGGCUCCAAUAGAAACCGCAAAGACACUUGCAUUAUCGGACGAUCUCAUAUACGAGUUGACGAUGGCCCUCAGCGAAACAAACGACGACGUUGUAGUCAUGGGAGAACAGCCGACAAAAUCAUUGCUUCAGGUAGGGCGGCAGGCCCAGAGCAAGCAAGAAAUGAUGGAAAGACGCUACCCGUCAGUGAUCGAGGCGAUAGGCUCUAUUGUGAUAUCCACCGAUAGCUCCGGUGUCAUAAGAGUGUUUCGUUCGGAUAUAUCGACGAAUGUAAGAAAGCGAGUGUUGAAAUGUUCCGCCAAACAUUUCCAGGAUGAAGAGUGCAGCCAAGGAGACUGCAAUGUUGACUAUCCACAUAGCCAUUGGGGACUGUUGGGAUUUAAAAGGAAGGCAGCUCACUCGACUCUGAUGAAGUCCAAGCAUUUUGGCAGCUCCAACUCGGUCAAGUCUUUGGCAAGUACCUCUCUAGCGAGCAACCAUAAGGAGUGA